CACUAUCGCUUAGCAGUGCCGCAGUAGCCGUUGUGGCUGGCGUUGGCAGGUUAGGGAUUUUCUCUGAGCUCUUGCUCAGCUGCUAUUGUUCGUGUGCGACAAAGUUAUCUUUUCGGAGUUAUUUUACGUGACGCGUUCGUGUGCUGACGCGUCGCGCCGAAAAGUAAUUGGCGCAAGACGAGCUCCAAGUACUGAGGAGAGUUUGAGAAAGUUUCUGUGACUACGUAACAGAAAGCACGAGAGAACAAAAGCUGGCAGCCAUUGCUGUGGGGAUCUGCUCAGUCGCAGUGUAGAAACUGGAGUUUUGGGGACUGGCGAAAUAUCCCCCCUUUAAAAUUUUGUGGUGAACAUAAUUCGUGACAAAAUUGGACUGUGUUAUACAAAUUUAAAAUGGCGCAGCAACCCACAAGCAGUGCAGUUAGAGCCCUUGCGCUUGAAUACAAGAGCUUACAGGAAGAACCAGUCGAAGGCUUCAGGGUGAAACUUGUUAGAGAAGAAAAUAUGUUCGAAUGGGAAGUUGCGAUAUUUGGACCCCCAGAGACUCUUUAUCAGGGUGGAUACUUCAAGGCACACAUGAAGUUUCCUCCUGACUAUCCAUAUUCACCACCCAGCAUUCGCUUUCUUACAAAAGUAUGGCAUCCAAAUGUGUAUGAGAAUGGUGAUCUGUGUAUUUCAAUCUUGCAUCCUCCAGUCCAUGAUCCUCAGAGUGGAGAACUUCCUUGUGAGAUGUGGAACCCCACACAGAAUGUCAGGACCAUCCUGCUUUCUGUAAUUUCUCUACUGAAUGAGCCCAACACAUUCAGUCCUGCCAAUGUUGAUGCGUCAGUAAUGUUCAGGCGCUGGAGAGAUUCAAAAGGCAAAGACAAGGAGUACGAAAAUAUCAUCAGGAAACAAGUGUUGGCUGCCCGACUUGAAGCAGAGAAAGAUGGGGUUGUAGUGCCUACGACAUUAGAGGACUAUUGUAUCAAGACACAGGUGUCAAAGCCAGCCACCGAACCUGUGCUCGAUAUGACAGACUUUUAUGAUGAUGACUACGAUCUUGACGACGAUGAUGAUGACGAUGAUGAAGAGGAUGGUGAUGCGGACGGUGAUGGUGAUGCAGAUGACAGUGGAAAUGGCGAGUCGUGAUGACAUUCGUCUUGGCGUGUGUUUGCUGUUGACAUUUGUAUCCAGUCAAUGGAAAUUGCUGGUGUCACGAAACGGCAUGGCAGGGGAGAGUGCUUGGAGGGGGUUGACAGGUCACAAUUUCAUGUCCAUGAUUGUAUCUCUGUAAUGCAUAAUGCUAGUAGUAGUAUUUGUGCUUACUGUUUGAGAAGUCCUUAAGAAAAAGAGCAAAGAAAAUGGAAAGAAACAGUUGUAUGUCAUUACCCAUGUUAGUCUGUAGUUAAAAUGCUAAAAGCAUGCAGAAAUCAGAGGUGUGUAGUAUAAGUGUGAACUGCAUUGCACUUCACAUUGCAAGCACAUGUGCAUUACAGGGUAAUUUACUACACUUCGGGAGAAUUUGUGCAUUGUUGGAAACAAAAUCCAUGUGAUGCAGUAUGUUAUGCCUAUCACAGAACUAUUAUCCUUGUUCAUAACUUCAGGAAGGAAGGUUGCUCUGUUUUUAACACUGGUCUUUAGUUUCAUUAGCAUUUUAUAAGAUGCAAAUUCAAAAAUCUCCAUAAAUUUUCUGUGGACAGUUCAACAAAACACAAACUUCAGUUCGGCUUUGUACUUUUAUCUUUCUUCUGUCAUAUUUCAACAAAGGUGACGAUGUUCUAAACAUAGGUUUGUACAUACUGAACACAAACUGGAAUACAACCUGCCUACUGCACAUAGCUCCACAUUUGUAGUAUGCUCCUGGUGUAUUUAAUGACGUACCUUUCACUGUGCACCUCAAAACCCUCUCUUGGAAAAGUGUGGUGCUCCCGGUGAACAAGUGCCCAACCUACAGUGCCGUGUUAUCAUUAACUGUAUGUUAGGUAGUUGGAUCUCUUCAGCUCAAGAUGAUCUACUCCUGCCUUCAGGACUUGUGUGUGUUAAUGCUGGUGAUUAAUUCGUCCUUUGGUUGUAACUGUAUAAAUGAGUAGAGAUAAAUUUUUUGGUGGUUCACAUUAUACACUUGUGGAGUCGUAUAGGUUUGCUGUAUUGUGAUCUUGUUCUACUUUAUUAAUAAAUUAAAUUAAAAUUUAGUUGUUCCUGUUAUUUCUAUAUAGAUGCCAAAAUGCUACCAAUAAAAGGCCAUUAAAAUAAUUGAAUAUAUGUAUGCAUUAAAACACAUGUACUGCAAGACAAAAGCUAUAUGCUGUAGUUUACAUGGGAAUGUACAGUCUUGAGCACAGUGCAGUUCUUUCUGUGUGGCAUUUUGGCAUGUUAUAUUCAUCAAUAAACUUAAAGUGAUUAUAUCAUCUUACGAGACUUUGUGUUUAUCCCUUAUAAAUAUUGUGUGUGUGUGUGUGUGUGUGUGUGUGUGUGUGUGUGUGUGUGUGUGUCUAGUUUUAGAGAGAGAGAGAGAGAGAGAGAGAGAGAGAGAGAGAGAGAGAGAGAGAGAGAGAGAACGCCCAUUAAUUUAAUAUUAUAUUGCACCAUAUAUCUUUAAUAUUGAUUAUCAGAGAUUACUCUUCUUUGCAAAACUGUUGUGUGUAGCUAGUGUCUUUUUCUUUAUUUUUGUUGUUACUGCUACUCUUGUUAUAGAAACACCUUAAUCUCUCUUAGUUAAUUUGAUUUGUGCUGUGUAUGAUUCAUGAAUUUCAUAACAAAAGCUUGUAAAUACUGCUGAAAGUGAUGUUGGAAAAUGAAGUAUGAAAUUUUAAUCAGAA